AUGGUUGGAAUAUUUGUAUUUAUUGUCUUUAUUUUUCUAUUAAAUUUACAAUAUAUUAAAUCACUCAACAAUAUCAAGUUUUCCAAUGAUUUGAAUACUGAACUAUUACUAAAUACAACAUCAGGAUUAUUCCAAGGUAAACAAGUAAGAAUUAAUGAUGUUCCAAUCAAACAAUUUUUUGGCAUUCCAUACGGUGAAAAACCAAUUCGAUUUCAAAUGCCUGUUCCAAAACAAUACAACACAAAAACAAUUAUACAUGCCAUAGAACGAACACCUGCUUGUUUACAAAUAUCUGGCGGUCUUUCAUACGGUCCAUUUCAAUUAUCUGAUAUGUUUGAUGAAGAUUGUUUAACACUGAAUAUAUUUUUACCAAAAACAAAAUCUUCGAUGCCAAAAGCAAUUAUGGUAUUUUCUUCUAGUGACUCAAAUCAAAUUGGUUCAGCUUCAUUAUUUGAUGGAAGUGCAAUUGCUGCUAUUGGUGAUGUUAUUGUUAUUACAAUUAAUUAUCGUUUAAAUAUAUUCGGUUUUUUAACACCAGAUACAAAUAUAAUGUCAGGAAAUUAUGGUUUAUAUGAUCAAUUAUUAGCAUUAAAAUGGAUUUCAUUAAAUGCCAAACAUUUUAAUGGUGAUGCAAAACGUAUAACUUAUGUUGGACAUUCAGCUGGUGCAACAAAUGCUAUUCUACUUGCAAUGUCAAAACAUUCAGACGGAAUUAUAGCUCGAGUUAUAGCUCAAAGUGGUUGUCCAUUUCAUCAAUGGUCAAUUGAUCGACAACCAGUAGUUCGUUUUAAUAAUGUUAUUAAACAAAAUAACAUGAAGUCGAAAAAAAAAUUUCUAUCUUCGAAUAUCGAACAAUUAAAAACAAUGGCAGCAAAAGAUUUUCAGUAUACGUAUCAGUAUGGUUUAGAUAAAUCAUCAGAUUAUCCAUUUCCAGUUGUUGAUAAUGAUUUAGUAAUUGACAAUUUCGAACAAUUGAUUCAUACUGGAUCACUCGUUAAUACUGAUAUAUUAAUUGGUGUUACAGCAGAUGAAUCUUUAUAUUUAGCUGAAGAACAUAUAUUUUAUAAUUAUUUACCAAAACAAAAUCGUAAAAAUUCUUCAAUAGUAACUAAUUCACGUUCAUCAGCAAAAUCAAUUACGGAAUAUGAACAAAUUCAUGGAUUUUCUUAUUUUAAAAAGAAGAAAUUUAUUAAAAAUUUUUUAAAAAAAUAUCAUCCUGAAUAUCUUUGUUUCUAUGAAGAAAUCGAAGCACAAUAUAUGCCUAAAAUAAAACAUGAACGUAGUCUAACUGAGAUCGCUCAUCUCUACACAAAUCUAGUCAGUGAUUUAAUGAUUUAUUAUGAUCUUAUUCGUUUUCUUCGUGAACGUUUACAGUCACAAUCUAAAGCAUCAACUUAUGUUUAUUAUUAUACAAAUCCGGCAAUAUUUAAUCUUAAUAAUCUUCUUCAACGUAUACCAAAUAUGGUUGGACAUUUUGCUGAACUUGACUUAAUAUGGGGUAUACCAUUCUUUAAUCGAUCGAACUUAUCGUAUACAUCAGAUGAAACCGAGCUUAGUCGUCAAAUGAUUCGAUAUUGGACAAAUUUUGCUAAAACAGGAAAUCCGAAUGAACCAAGUUCUGUUUCUGUUCAGUGGCCACCAUAUGAAAAAAUAAAAAAAUCCUAUAUCAAUUUUUAUGCAAAAAAAAUUCUGGUGGAAGAUAAUUUUUUAGAAGCACGUUUUCAAUUUUGGAAUAUAAUUGCACAUCGUCAAUUAUGUAUUCCAUUUUAUUGGUAUCAUACAAGUUUACUUGUUGGAAUCUUGAUACUUACAAUAUUUUUAAUAUUAAUUUAUAUUUUUUUUAAUUCAAAACGAUCACGUCGAAAUAUAAAACCAACAGAAUUGACUACGACAAAUAUAAUAACAACAUAUCAUUUUUUACCAAGUGUUGUCUCUUAA